CCUCGCGCGAGUCGGAUGUCGGGUGACCCGCGUUUCUGUCCCUCGCCAGUUCGACGUCCGCUCCGAAAAACAAUCGAACCGAACGACCACACGGGGGAGGAACUUUGUUUUUUUUCGCCGGGUAGGCUUCCGCUGUGACCGCACGCCCGUGCACCGCUCGUCCCGCGGUCGCGUCCAGCCAGUGGUUGGGUUCCAGUGGACCGUCGGUCGGUCGGUCGGUCGGUCGAUCAGUCGGUCGGUUUGGUAACACGCGAGUGCGCGACCACCGUUCCCCGGAUGCCGUGAUGCUGCACGCUGACGGACGAGGAAGAUCGUCGAGGCUGCUCGACGUCCUCUCGCUCGUCUCCUCCUGACGGCUGCGUGCCUCGUGCGUCGCGCGUCGCGCGUCCUCGGCCGACCGUCGGCGAGACAGUGCUCGAUCCCCCUCGAUCGCGGUGCGAUGCGGUCGUUGUCCCAGUGAUAGUGGAUAAAAGGCCCGCCCGCCCUUUUCGCUACCCGCCGGAUGGAUUACCCCGCGGCGAAGCGGCGCACCGCGAGACGCGAACAGUGCACGCAUCUUCGUCGGCAGUGAGUGCUGUGCGCCCGGGGCGAAGCUACCCCGUGCUACUUUCUCCGUUUAUGCGCUGGUGCACGCGUGACAGUUCCCGUGGCCGACGGUCGCGCCGUUUCUGUGCAACUUGAAGACGGCGCCGGACAGUGACCGUGUCCCCCGUCCUAUCUCUGUCGCGGGAUGAUAACCUUCGACGUCCGCUCGAGCCGGCGACCCGUUUCACCGCCGAGCCUGUGCCUCGCUGUGCAAUGUUGAUAUAGUGCGUUACCGUUGAUUUACAGUGACGACACCAGGGAUUCCUAGCUGCCGCCUAUCGCCAUGGAUUUCUCGGAUUUCGACGCGACGAACACGCGAUCCUCCGCCGUCGAGGAUAACGCGAUGGAUCUACGUGCGGGAUCGCCGGAACGCGACACGAUCAGGAUUUUCAUGGGUGCAAGUCCGGCAGGCAGAGCGUCGAUCGACCAUAGGAUAUCCCCACGCGAAAGGAGAACAAGGAUCCCGUCGUCUAUAAUCUGGCUGCCAUUGCUGGUGGCACUGGGCGCCAGGACAGCGUCCGCCACGAACAUGACGAACGUGUCUCCGUUGGCUUCCACGGUGAGGCCCAUCACCACCACGGAAGUAGUUUAUCAGCGGUUCGCGAUCGAGCCGAUGGACCAGACCGCGGUGAUCGGCAGCCGCGUGACGCUUCCUUGCCGGGUCCUCGACCAGAAAGGACCUAUUCAGUGGACAAAGGAUGAUUUCGGGCUCGGCGCGGUCAGAAAUCUCACGGGAUACGAGCGUUACGCCAUGAUUGGCAGCGACGAGGAAGGCGACUUCUCGUUGCACAUAUACCCGGUGGAACUGGAAGACGACGGCACCUACCAAUGCCAGGCGUCGCCGACGAACGACGGCCAACCGGCUCUGCGCUCGAGGUUCGCGAAGCUGAGCGUCCUGGUGCCGCCGCAGAAGCCGAAGAUCCUGCAGGGCGACUUUCUUAUCACCACCGAGGACAGAGAGCUGGUGAUAGAGUGCGUCAGCGUCGCUGGCAAGCCGCCCGCGGAGAUCACGUGGAUCGACGGCCUGGGGAACGUGCUGCACAGAGGUAUCAAGACGACGAAGGAAUUGUUCGACGACGGGCCCCUCUACACCGUGAAAUCCGUCCUGAAGGUGAUGCCGCGGAAGGAUCACGACAACACGACGUUCACGUGCCAAAGUCAGAACGCGGCGGACCGCACGCCGCAGAACGCCAAGCUGCGCGUCGAGGUUCGCUACGCGCCCAAAGUGUCCCUGAGAAUCCGGUCGGGUCUGGGCAAGAAUGGCCGCAUCAUCGAGGGGACCGAGCUGCGGUUCAAAUGUCGUGCCGAGGCCAAUCCGUCGAACGUGGAAUACAGGUGGUUUAUCAACGAGAAGAAGGUCAUCGGGGACUACACCACGGAGAUGAUCAUCCACAACGCGACCCGCGAUCUUCACGAUGCCAUCGUAAAGUGCGAGGUCCACAACGACGUUGGGAAAAGCGAGGACACGGAGACCCUGGAUAUAACCUACGGGCCGCAGUUUCGACACCCGCCAGUCUCCGUGGAGACGCAGUACGGCGCCACGGAAAUCUUGCAGUGCGACGUCGAUGGUAACCCGACCCCGGAGAUACGCUGGUACCACGAGGACUCGGAGCGACAGGUCGCCACUACGCCGAACAUAAGCGUCGUGGUGAAUCACGAGACGGCCGGACGUUACUUCUGCAAGGCUCACGUGCCCGGCUUCCAGGAGCUGACGGGCUACGCGAACAUCUACAUCCGGGCGCCGCCGAGCAUCGUGUCGCAGAGGGUUCAGUACGUGCCCGACGAGGGAGUCGUAAAGGUGAAGUGUACCGCGAUAUCUGUGCCAAAAGCGGACUCGGUGGUAUGGAGCUUCGCCGGUCGCGAGCUCAAUUUCUCGUCGAACAAUACGCCUUUCUACGUGCAGGAGGAAUACACCGCCGAGAGGGUCGUCAGCACUGUCACGCUGCUCGAUCCCAUAUCCACGUACUUCGGGGAUUACAACUGCACGGUCACGAAUAGCUUCGGCACGGAUUCCGUCAUAAUCAAGCUGACGGCACACACGUUGAUUCCAGUCGAUUGGCAACUGAUCCUCAUCAUCGGCGGACUGGUCGUCUGCGUGAUCCUGAUUGGCGUGAUCAUUAUACUCAUUCUGCAGUGCCGCGACCGCAUCAAACAGCCGCGUCCGAGGACAGCCCAAACCCAGGAGACUGAUAUGCAAGAAACAGAUUCAAACGCGGAUCGAUAUCGGGAGAGUGACAGAAGCAGUAACCUCUCGGAUGUCAAAGCGGAUAUACGAGCGGGUUCGAGUGUCAGCAACGCGGAGAGCGUGACAGCACUUGACAGCGAGGGCGAAGGAAGCACGAGAGGUGUGAACGCGUUGGCGCUGGCUGGGCCUGUUCCGAAUCCUCUGGGGUAUCGUUAUAGCGCCGAUUAUACGGAGCCGUCGUUCCCGCCGAAGAAUAAUGACGGCAGUAACAAUAACGGUUACGUGCCCUACGUAGACUACACUCGCGACUACAUGCCGCCCACGACGCAGGGGGUGGGCGCGUCGCGGGAAUCCCUGAGCAGGAUACCGUCGGGCGGCAUACUCGCCUCGAAGAAGAUCGGCCUGAGUUCCGCGAACUUGGGCACCUCGAGCCCGCAGACGACGCCUGCGAUCGACCCCCGUUUCUCCGCGACGUAUGGGAACCCCUACCUCAGAAUGUCAGCGGCGGAGCAGCUGAGACACGCGCCGCACACGGCGGUGCCGGGAGUAACGCCAGCACCACCGCCCUACACGCAAGCAAUGAGAAUGAAUAGCUUGAAUACCUUGAACGGCGCUGGGCCGCAGGCUCCAUUGUCGGCGCACUACAUCACGGGCGGGCCGAACGGCGGCGUCGCGACAGUGAAACGCACCUCGGCGGUCGGGACGUUAGCGACGCAUGUAUGAGGCCAGGGGGUCUAUCCGAACUAGAACCGUCGACGUUCGGGCCUAAUUAGCACCGCCUUUGGACACCGGCGAGCCCUCGACGAGACGCAGCACGCGAGCGCGGCGUUGAGACCUCGGGUGGUGACGUUCAGCCGCCACAAGCUGGACACCGGGGAUCGACGAGCCAGCACGAUCGCGCCGGAAGUCGAACGACUGCUCGGCGAGCAGCCGAGGCUGCUCGGGAUCGACGGCAGGAAACACGGGGUGAAAGGCCGCGCGCAGAGGAUCGCCGAGAACGGCGAGACGCUGAAGUACAUCGAGUCGGUGCUCCGCCAGCUGAGGAGAGCCAGCAGGGAUCAUCAGCAGCUCGUGGAGCAGCGUCACCGGAUCGACGCCCCUCGAACGGUCUUCAAGUCGUCGACGACUCGCGCCUGCCCUUCGACCUGGAUCCCGUACGACCAGGACAUUCGCGAACACCGGCCGGUCACCUGGGACGUCGCGGCGCUGCGAGAAACGCGGGACGAGCCGCGCGAGAUGGCGGAGUUCGCCAAGCUGCUGGCGAAGAGGAAGACGUACGGGCCGGGCUUCGACCCUUAUCGGACGUCUCAGACCUGAGUUGCCAGACCGAAUCUGGGGAAUGAUUUGCUACGUCGCGCGAGCGGCGCUCGUCCGGUACCCUGAGUAGCGUGACGUCGCGUUGGGAGCUGACACGCGACCGAUAAGUGUUAACAUCCUCGAGACCAUACCGGAGGCGGCCAGCAGCGAGCCGACGCGGACGCGUUCCCGGUCACGAUGGAAUCGACGCCGCGAUUAUUCAAUGAAACGACCCGCCACCACGAGCUCGCCUCGUAAAAGGGCGGCUGCCGCGAGCCUCGCGCAAAAACGAGAAACACCGGUCGCACCUGCCGACGGAUAAGGGAGUCCAGCGGGAGGCUCGAGAGGCGUGCUCGGGAUUCGAGGAACUGCGAACGGGAAUAGCCAUAUCGGCGGCUUGCACCGGUCGGGUAGGAAAGGAUCGGGUCGUAUUCCAUUUCAGAAGAACCGGGGGUUAAGAAGGUUCGGCGCGGGAUUUGUCCGAUUCGGUCGACUGUCGGAUGCCUGGCGAAGGAUCUUCGACGUCGAGGAACGGAGCGAACGCGAGGAAAAACCGCAAGAGGAAUUGCCCGAGGGUUCGCGGGCUGAGCGGAAAGAGGGACGGUGGUUAGGUUCGUAAGUCGGAGGGGCUCUUCGGAACGAGGACAGACCACUCGGUAUCGACAAUCUUUUUAAUUCGCAUAAUUUAGAUCUCGAUAAGCAUUUAAACGGUUCGCUCGAACUGACGAGAACGGGGGAGAACGGAGAAACGGGGGUCGACGCGAAUUCCGGGGCGAAUUCGAGUCGAGUCCCGACGCGGAUCGUCCUUUGGUCGCAGUAGCAGUCUGCUCGCGGGGGGACGCGUGCUUCGUUCGCGCGUGUGCUCGCGCGUGAAACAAGCUUCGUCGGGUACUUCGCUUUUUCGAAUAUGUGAUAUGUGGACGGACGUCCGGCCGGGGCGACGUCGCGGCCCCGGCGCGGUACGAGCUCGUCCCGGCUGCUACUUCGACGCCACUGUGUCGCGCUGCCUUUUUUUUUAUUUCUAGGAGAAACAAAGAUUAUAGAUCUCGCGCGGUGUUUCGCGGACAAGCGCACGAAUACGAGGGCGAACGACAUCCUCGAUGAUCGCAGUCUACUUCCGGCCUGGGGAUAUCCGAUCGGGCGCGGACGCGCGUUUGUGAAACGCGUCGCGCGUCCGCCGGGCCGACCUUUGUAAAAUAGAUAGCUAAAAUGAUUAGGUAUAUAUAUAUACAUAUAAAUAUAUAUAUAUAUAUUAUACAUAUAUAAAUAUGAAUAUAAAUAUGAACAUAAAUAUGAACAUAAAUAUGAACAUAAAUAUGAAUAUAAAUAUGAAUAUAAAUAUAUAUAUUAUACACAUGUUGUCAAUAUGAACAUAGGGCCUACAGUUCGGUGGCGCUACCAGAGCAAAACUCUAUUGAAAUAAGCCGCCCCCGCGAGUGGGACGGCUUUCUGUAAAUACUAUAUAAUGAUAUUAAACAAAUAACGAGGGAAAGGAAACGGAAACGUUAUCGGAGAAGAACGGGAAACUUUAGACGAAAUUGAUCGAGUCUCACGGGUAGAGACCCGCGACUUGCGACGGAGGUUAGAAGAGUCGAGAGGUAUCCGCUUGAUUGCGCUCGUUGUUAAGUUAUUCUGGUUUUUCUCGGGAACAGAAGAAUCGGUUCGUUUCUCCGUUCGUUCGCGUUCGUGCUCCGCGAGGAUUCGGCUCGAGCGAUGCAGAUCCUCGCGGAGGGAUCGAUCCCGUUGCCAUCCACGGGACGGUUUCGAGUUCAACCCUUAAAAGACCAAGAGUCCAUUGCACUGAUUUCCUAUUUAUCGUUAUUCAAAAGUCUUUUACCGGUCGCAAAUGGGGUCGUUUAAAAAGUACAAUAAUAUAUAUAUAUUAAAUAAGCCAACAACUAAUCGAUUAAAUAAAAGAAACAAGACAAAGAUACAUGGACACUCUAAUUUGAACCAUUUUUCAUC